CUUCAAGAGUUCGAUCAGUGCUUCACCUUUUCCAGUCUUAUUUUUUAAUAAAAGAAUCAGUGCUGUUACAUUUUUGUGCCGCGAUAUUGCACGAGAUGUGAAACUGGCAGACUUGCGAAGCCAUUUUGACUCCUCCUUCCCUCGACUGACUGGCCUAUCUCGUCGUGUGUAGAUCCAAAAUGGCAUCAAUUUUCUCCAAACAGGGACCAACGAGGUGGUCCUAGUUCGUACCCUGCAUGCCAAGUCAUGGCGUCCGUCGGUUCGGGUAGCAGGGUGUCCUGCGGAAGGGAUCUAAAUUGCGUUCCAGAAGUUGCCGAGACACUAACGGCGGUCGCAAAACUCGGGUUUGACUUCGUAUGCAUGCCCCUGUUCCACCCGAGGUUCAGGAGGGAAUUCGAGUUGGAACCCGCAAAAUCUCGACCCGGUGCCCAGACGCGGUCUGAUCUGCUGCUGUGUGGAAGAGAUUGGAACACCCUGAUUGUUGGGAAGCAGUCUCCAUGGAUUGACACUGAUUCAGAAAUUGAGACAGUACGCAGAAGCUCAGAAGCUGCUCUGGCACAGGAAUUGCAUUUCUCGGCCUACUUGGGUCUGCCUGUCUUCAUGAUGCCUAUGAAUGGACCUCAUAAAGCAAAUCUUGCACGUGUGCUGCUUAACCAUAUCCAGUCUGGACACCACACCACAAAUUUCUGGAUUCGAGUCCCACUGAUGGCUCCAGAAGACAUGCGGGAAGACCUGAUUGAGAAUGAGCCAGUCACAUGUAUUGAUGAGACAACUAUAGAUGAGAGGACAUGGAACUGGUGGCACUCAUUUAGGACCCUUUGUGAUUACAACAAGAGGGUCUAUCUUGCCAUUGAAGUUGGAGCAGACAUGCCCUCAGAAACUGUGAUUGAUAAGUGGCUUGGGGAACCAAUCAAAGCAGCCAUACUUCCCACCAGCAUCUUCCUAACCAAUAAGAAGGGAUUUCCUGUUUUAUCGAAAGCACACCAACGAUUAAUUGUCCGUCUUUUCAAGUUGGAGGCACAGUUCAUCUUCACGGGUACGAGUCGCCACACCGAGAAAGACUUUCGUUCAUACCUGCAGUACCUGGAAUACCUCAGCCAGAACCGGCCCGCACCCAAUUCCUAUGAGCUCUUUGCCAAGGGUUAUGAAGACUACCUUCAGUCUCCCCUACAGCCUCUCAUGGAUAACCUGGAAUCGCAGACAUAUGAAGUCUUUGAGAAGGAUCCUAUUAAAUAUUCACAGUACCAACAGGCAGUGUACAAAUGCCUUCUUGAUCGAGUCCCCGAGGAACAGAAAGACACCAAUGUUCAAGUGUUGAUGGUGUUGGGGGCAGGCAGGGGUCCCCUGGUCAAUGCAUCUCUGCGUGCUGCCAAACAAGCAGACCGGAAGCUGAAAGUGUACGCCGUUGAAAAAAAUCCCAACGCCGUCAUCACGCUGGAAAACUGGCGUUUUGAGGAGUGGGGGGAUCAGGUGACGGUGGUGUCAUCUGACAUGCGAGACUGGACCUCGCCUGAGAAGGCUGACAUUAUUGUGAGCGAGUUGCUUGGAUCCUUUGGCGACAAUGAGCUUUCCCCGGAGUGCUUGGAUGGAGCGCAGCACUUUCUCAAAGACGAUGGCGUGAGCAUCCCCUGCUCCUACACCUCCUUCCUGGCGCCGCUGUCCUCCUCCAAGCUGUAUAACGAAGUCCGAGGCUGCAGGGAACGCGACAAGGACCCCGAGUGCCAUUUCGAAAUGCCGUAUGUCGUACGCCUCCACAACUUCCACCAGCUUGCUGACCCCAAACCAUGCUUCACCUUCACACACCCCACAAAAGAUAUGAACAAUAAUCGUUACCAGUGCCUCAAAUUCUCAGUGGGUUGUAACUCUGUACUCCAUGGCUUUGCUGGGUACUUUGAGACCACGCUCUACAAAGAUGUCACGCUCAGUAUAAAACCUGAUACACAUUCACCUGGAAUGUUUUCAUGGUUCCCCAUUCUCUUCCCCCUCAAACAACCCAUGUCCAUAUCGCGUGAUGAUGAUGUCACGGUGCGAUUCUGGCGCUGCAACAAUGGGAAGAAAGUGUGGUACGAAUGGGCUGUGACAGAGCCAGCGUGCUCUGCAAUCCACAACCCCGCUGGACGCUCCUACACAAUCGGGCUGUAAACAUCCACGUUAUCUAUGCACAACUCCCUAUGUCUUUUUUUUUUUAUUUGUUUGUUUUUUAGUAACAUUUGUGGCAGUUGUGCCUCAUCAGUUAUAUCAGAAGUCAGAUUAUCCUAACGCAAUAUAAAAAAAUUAAAUAAAUGUCCAGUGUACUUGUUUUGUUCAUUUUUCAAUAGAGCUGACAAGCACCGCAAACAUUAAAUUCAGCACAAAGUAUGCCUUAUUGAAGACAUUCCAUCAAGAUAUGGAUGAAAGACCUCUCUACUCAACUGAAGAAUAUUGGACUCCUAUGGCACUGAGAUUACAUAUGUUCCCCCAUUGUUCUGUAUUUGUAUGCUCAAUAAAGACAUUGUAAUGUU